UGGAGGGCGAAGCAUAUGCGAAGCAGAGAUAGGUAUAGAACACAAAAACUUGGCGGGGGCUUUUCAUUGGCCGUUUAGCCGCCAUGUUGAGAACACCGAAAGUAUUUGAACGAAGACGGAAGUUGGGAAUUUGUAACGUCCAGUCGAUUCGAUGGAGAAAUGAUGGAAUUUGGAACUGGACGAGGACUAAGGGUGAUUGCUGAGUGGUAAUUGUUCUAUUCGAAUUCAGAAUUCCAACAAAUUCGAGCCAUUCGAGACGAUUUGAUUGAAAUUAUAGUAUAAAAUAGUUCUAUUAGCUUGUUUUUGGCUUGGGAAUGGCGUCUUUGCUAUUCCGUACUUCACGCAGGUCUGUGUCCUGCCUCUUUGUUCAUCGUAAAUUUCUUAAUUCCUUAUCGAGUCUCGACGCGCCAAUCUCUCACUCCAGAGCUAGUUUAGUUUCCAAUUUAUGGUGUACUCGGUCGGAUUUUGCUUGCGAAAAUUUUAUUCGAGAUUUUAGAUUUGGAUUCAUCCAUGGGUUAUCUACGUCUUCGGAUGUAAAGGAGAGUUCAAAGAGUGACGAGAGCCCGUCUGGUAGUGUUAAACAGGAUGGAGGAUCACAGGCGAAAGUUGAGAUGUCCUGGAUUUAUUUGUAUUUGCCCAAAAAGAUUCAGCCUUAUGCUCACCUUGCGCGGCUCGAUAAACCCAUUGGGACGUGGUUACUUGCUUGGCCUUGUAUGUGGUCAAUUACCUUGGCGGCAUCUCCAGGCCAACUUCCUGACUUUAAAAUGCUGACUCUAUUUGGAUGUGGGGCUUUGCUUUUGAGGGGUGCUGGGUGUACCAUAAAUGACCUCCUUGAUCAAGAUAUUGAUACAAAGGUUGAACGUACAAAGCUAAGACCAGUUGCAAGUGGUCAAUUAACUCAACCCCAGGGAAUCAGUUUUUUAGGGUUGCAGCUGUUUCUGGGACUUGGAAUUCUCCUUCAACUGAAUAAUUACAGUCGCAUUUUGGGGGCUUCCUCUUUGCUUCUAGUCUUCUCCUAUCCUCUCAUGAAGAGGUUCACGUUUUGGCCUCAAGCCUAUCUGGGUCUGACCUUCAAUUGGGGAGCUUUGUUAGGAUGGGCUGCUAUCAGAGAAUCUUUGGAUCCAGCUAUUGUUUUGCCACUGUACUUGUCUGGAGUAUUCUGGACUCUUGUAUAUGAUACGAUAUAUGCACAUCAGGAUAAGAAGGAUGACUUAAAAGUUGGCGUUAAAUCUACUGCUUUGAGAUUUGGAGAUUCAACUAAGGAGUGGAUUUCUAUGUUUGGAGUUGCAAACAUUGGCUGUCUUGCUCUUAGUGGUUACAAUGCUGAUAUUGGAUGGCCGUUUUAUGCACUUUUGGCUGCUGCUUCUGGACAAUUGGCUUGGCAGAUUUCAACAGUCAACUUAUCGAGUCGUGCUGAUUGCAAUAGAAAGUUCAUCUCCAACAAGUGGUUUGGUGCUUUAGUGUUCAGUGGGAUCUUGCUUGGAAGACUUUCAUCUUAGUAGCCCUAUCCGAAAAAUAUGCGAAAGCGGGUACACGUUCGGAAUAUAAGAGGAUUCGAUCUUGCACUAUCUUCAAAUAAGGUUAGUACCAAACUAUAAUGACCUUUGAGUUUGGAUAAGACUUCGGAAGUUUCAGAAUGUGUAAAGAUCUGCUGAUAUGGCCUUCAUUUGGGGGGAUGAAGCCAAAGGUUUUGAAGUAGCCAUUGCUACUAUUGAAGGAGUUUUCACUUGAGAGUUAUAUGUUAUAGUAAUUCAAAUCGAGUUUCUCUCGAACUUCU